AAAGAUCCCUAUACAUGUAAAUUAAUUGGUUUACCUGAAAGUUAUAGCAUCUACAAAUGAUGGUAUAUAUACUGGAAUUUUUUUCUUGUUAUACUAGUAAUAGCAGUGAUAAUGGAGCUGCGGGACUGCAGGACUGCUGCAGGAAUUCUGACACUGAAGCAGGGGGAACUAACUGUCACUGACAUCCCCAGUGACACUAAUACAGUGAUCAGUACUAAUAAAAAGCACUGACACUGUACUAAUGACACUGGGCAGGAAGGGGUUAUCAUCUGGGG